CGGCCUUUGUCAAAGCCCCUCUUUUGUCAUCUAGUACUACAACAAUCGUUGUCAUUUCAGCAACUUACCGUCAAAAGUUAAUUAUUUUGUAGCCGUCCUCCUUGUCCUUUUCCUCUUGUGCCAUGAGGAACCUGUUGCUGCUCGGGAUUGUCGUAGCAGAGGUUUUUUUCCGCUCUCGGUGUACGGCAUGGAUUCUGAAAGCAACUCUCGUGAAAAAGAUGCGGUCACGGUCGGUCGCAUCAGCAAUAACACCGCAACUAUCGAUAGCAGUCGUCGACUGUCGGCGUGGGUCGUAGAGAAUUUGGAAGCCCCGGGCUCUUCGAUUACCACCGCUUCCACGCUGCAAGCGGGAGAAAACGAUACCUUACCCGUAGACGGUCUCUGCAUUGGAAACGUUCGGGUCCUGGCAGCAGAAUCCACGUACCUCGACGACAAAAGACACGACGGUUACUUUCCGGUCCGCCUGCUGCUCGGUCGCAACGGCUGGGGCACCGGUGUGCAUCCUACUACGCGCCUCUGCUUGGAUUGGAUUUGCCAAACGGUGCAAAACGGCAACGUCGUUCUGGAUUACGGCUGCGGAUCCGGCAUUCUGUCGGUAGCAGCCUUGCACAACGGUGCACGUCGCUGCAUCGGUGUGGAUGUGGAAGCCGAGGCGCUGGUCACGGCCUCUCGCAACGUACAGAUCAACGGAUUCGACGACUCGACGUUCGCGGGGUUGCACGUGCGGGAAGUCCUACCGUACGGGCUCACGACGUCGAAUACCGACAACGACGGCGUGGGAGUUGAUGUAGUAGUGGCGAAUAUACUCAUUGGCCAGUUGGUCCGACCUUCCAUGGUGGCGGCUAUCGUGACCAACCUGGCUCCCGGCGGCCUCGUGUGUCUUUCCGGCAUUCGACCGCAUGAGGUGGAUAGCUUGAAGGUUGCCUACGGAGAGCACAUGGAAUGGCUGGACUGCCAGUACGCCGAAUUGUCAGCGGAUGCAACGCCAGGUAGUUUGCAAAGCUACGGUUUCGACUGUGGUCGAUGGUCUCGUCUGGUGGGUCGCAAGACCAGCAGUGACCGCGGUGGCGAUAUUGAGCGCAUGAGUGAACUGGCCGUUUCGUAAAGCAAGACUUUGGGUCCAAGAAUGUCCACUGCCGCAAGAAUGAUCAUCGAAACAGUUCAUAUAUUUGUGUGCUGCACUGCAGGCAUGAGGGCUAGACUACUCUUGGCCGCAUAUAAAUGGCUUUAAAAUAUCGAGAGGAUCUCCAGUAUCUU